CUUUGCGUGGCGGGUUGCAUAAAAGUUACAAAUUCUUUAAAUUCUUGUUUUGGGUUUAACAAAUGAAACACAUUUUUCGAGUUUUAUUUAAUUCCUAGUGCCUUUUGGUUUAAUUAUUCAACCAAAUGCAGUGCCUAUUUUUACGGUGAUCAUGAAGAAAUGAAGCUUUGAUUCAAAUCUCUAGUAUAAUGGAUGAGGCUGCCGCUUUGCCCCAUGGGCCCCCGAUGAAUUUACUUCCACCGACACCAGCCGGUCUCGAAAGUCUGUACUCACUAUGCCGCAAAAUCUAUCCGGAUCAGCCAAAUCCGUUACAAGUGACUGCUCUCCUUAAAUACUGGCUAGCUGGACCUGAUCCUUUGGACUAUAUUUCUAUGUAUGCAAAUCCUGGUAUACCACAUGAAAAUAUUCCACCACACUGGCAUUAUAUAAGUUUUGGUCUAUCUGAUUUACAUGGUGAUGGCAGAGUGCACGACAUUUCUGGUCCGGAGGGAAUUUCAGGAUAUGGAUUUGAACUAACCUUUAGACUAAAAAGGCAACCAGAGGAAACUGCUCCUCCAACAUGGCCAGCAACAUUAAUGCAAUCUUUAGCUAAAUAUGUUUUUCAAUCAGGUAAUACUCUAUGUGCGGGCGAUCAUGUGUCCUGGCAUUGCGCCUUGGAUAAUAGUGAAUCACGAAUACAACACAUGCUAAUGGCAACAGAUGCACAACUGAAAACAACUCAAACUCCAUUUGGUACAGUUGAUUUUGUACAAAUUGUUGGUGUCUGUGCGGACGAAUUACGAGCUGCCCAGCAAUGGAACGGAGAUGGAAUUUUGAAGAUGCUCACUCAGUUACCUUUAGCAGGAGGUCCUUGGUUGAUCACCGACAUGAGAAGAGGAGAAAGCAUAUUCGAAAUAGAUCCUAGUGCCCAUGAAGAAAUAGAAAAUGGAUUCGAAUUGGAAGGUUCAAAUUUGAGUGGGGUUAGUGCGCGGUGUUCCUGGGCCGAACAAGAUUGCACCAAUCUGGACCUUACACUAAUAUCCUGCAAUAUUAAUGUAGAUAGAUCGUUAUAUUCGGACCAGAUCAAACCGUCACUAAAUCUGCUUCCGCAAAACACAAACGUUGAUCAAGAUUACGGAAACUACAAAAUAAAUGAUUUUAGAGACAAAGCGAGCAUUUUAGAAUCCACCGAAUUAGUGCACAUUAAAAAAUUAGAAUCCCUCCAUUUGGUUUUCAAUCUAGAAGCUGGAAGUUUACUUCCUCUUGCAAUAAGGGGUCGCGUCAAACAUGGUCGUCACUUUACCUUCAAAUCAGUACUCGGUGAAAUAGCCAUUACUUUAGUUGCAAACUCGGUCACAGGAACAUUAGUGGAUAAUGAGUAUCCCUAUGUAGCUCAAGGAUCAUGGUUGCAGGUGUUAAUUCCCGAUGAUCUUGCACUGGAUAUGGCCGUAACAUUCCAAGUUCUUAGCACCCCGGAGAACCUCUCACUUCCUAAAGUAUUUGCGUGGCCAGAGCGGAAAUUGGCAAUUACUAUUGUUCCAGACAAAGUUUAAUUACAAAUUAGGAAAGAAAUAUAUUUAUGAGUAACUGUAACUUAUUUAAAUUAUUAUAUUAUCAUUAUUACGCUGUAUACUGUUUUAACAUGAAACCAUGUAAAUCUAUCA